GCGCCGCCAUGUUUUUCGCCCUCACGUCACUUCCGUUUUGGUUCGGUGUGGCGCGAGUCGCGAGAGAGCGAACAAUAAUUGGCGAGAACAGAAACACAGAAACAUAUGAACACACAGCUGCUGCAUUGUAUAAGAUAACAGAAAACAAACAUAUCCGUUUGACAGAUUUGUAAAAAGUACAGUGGUUGGAUUAAUCGAAGAGAACAUGCCGCGGAGAAAGAGAACAGCAGGCAGCAGUUCAGAAGGGACUGCAGAUUCUGAUGACUCUGGAGAUCACGAGAAGACCGACAGCUCCCACAGUGAAGCCCAUCAGCGCAAUAACACCCGUCUGACCCGAGCGUCACUGCGCCUGAGCCAGAGCUCUCAAGACGCUCCACCGGAUGUGAAACAAGCAGCUGAGAGAGACGAGUCUCCCCCCAGGACACCCACAGGAAAUGCCCCCUCUUCUGAAUCUGAUAUCGACAUAUCCAGCCCCAAUGCAUCCCACGAUGAGAGCGUGACUAAAGACCAGAAAGACUCUGGCAGCGAUCCCUCUCACCGUCCAAAACGCCGCCGCUUUCACGAGAGCUACAACUUCAAUAUGAAGUGCCCCACACCUGGGUGCAAUUCUCUAGGACAUUUAACGGGGAAACAUGAGCGACAUUUCUCCAUAUCAGGAUGCCCUCUCUACCAUAACCUCUCAGCAGAUGAGUGCAAGGUGAAAGCCAUUGAGCGUGAUAAACAAGAGGAAGAGCGCAGUCAGGGGCAGAACGAAGAGAACAGACAUGCUACUCGACAUCAGGCACCAACUCAAAGACAAGUUCGAUAUAAAGAGAAGGUCAUGGAGAUGAGGAAGAGGAGGGAUUCUGGACUGACAAAAGACCAAAAAGAAAAGUACAUGGAGCACAGACAGACACAUGGAACCGCGCGUGAACCACUCCUGGAGAACAUUACCAGUGAUUAUGAUCUAGAGCUCUUCAGGAAAGCUCAGGCCCGUGCAGCAGAGGAUCUGGAGAAACUGCGUCUGCAGGGUCAGAUCACAGAGGGCAGUAACAUGAUCAAGACCAUCCUGUUUGGCCGUUAUGAACUCGACACUUGGUACCAUUCUCCCUACCCUGAGGAAUACGCCCGUCUGGGGCGUCUGUACAUCUGUGAGUUCUGCCUCAAGUAUAUGAAGAGUCAGACCAUCCUGCGCAGACACAUGGCUAAAUGUGUGUGGAAACACCCUCCUGGUGAUGAAGUCUACAGAAAAGGUGCCAUCUCUGUGUUUGAGGUUGAUGGGAAAAAGAACAAGAUCUAUUGUCAGAACCUCUGUUUGCUGGCCAAGCUUUUUCUGGACCAUAAAACACUGUACUAUGAUGUGGAGCCUUUCCUGUUUUAUGUGAUGACUGAAGCUGAUAACACAGGCUGUCACCUCGUGGGAUAUUUCUCAAAGGAGAAGAACUCGUUCCUGAAUUACAAUGUGUCCUGUAUCCUGACUAUGCCACAGUACAUGAGGCAGGGAUACGGCAAGAUGCUGAUUGAUUUCAGUUACCUCCUGUCGAAGGUUGAGGAGAGGGUAGGUUCUCCAGAGCGCCCUCUCUCAGAUUUGGGCCUCAUCAGUUAUCGCAGCUACUGGAAGGAAGUGCUGCUGCGGUACAUGUACAACUUCAAGGGCAAAGAGAUCUCCAUCAAGGAGAUCAGUCAAGAGACUGCAGUGAAUCCUGUGGAUAUUGUCAGUACUCUGCAGUCACUUCAGAUGCUCAAGUAUUGGAAAGGGAAGCAUCUGGUCUUGAAGCGACAGGACCUGAUUGAUGAGUGGAAGGCCAAAGAGACCAAAAGGGGCAACAACAACAAGACCAUAGACCCCAGCUCUCUGAAAUGGACCCCUCCCAAAGGAACCUAAUGGACUUACACGUUACAUUUCUUACUGCCGUUAUGUCUUUUUUAUGACUCCAUCAAAAGUGUCUUUGCAAUGGCUUCAGCUGUUAGUGUCAAUUUAUUUUUCUCUUUUUAUGUGCCCUUUUGUUAUCUGAAAUCUCACUUUUUUUAUACAGUGCUAUUUAUUUUUUGAAAUCAUGUUUCAUUCAUAUUUUCUCCUGACAAAUAUAAUCUGUGCCCCAGCAUAUAUUUAGAAAGUUUUUUUAAAGCAAACAAUGUUUCUCAUCAGUAGAAUAUAGUGAAAAAUGAGGCCUUACAAAAAAAAAAACAUUUGAUUUACACAAGUUUGUUCCCUGAUUUCUUAGUGUUUUGUGAACAUGUUUUCAUUUUAAUCAGAACUGGGAAAAAAAUUAUGUUUGAUACAAAUUUAUUAUGUCACAUUUGAUACCUGAAGCAAGACAUUUACUUGCUUAAUGCUCCCAAAUGAUGUUCUGAUGAAUUAUUAUGUUGGUGCCAGUUAAGCGUGGAGAAUAAUUGUGUACUGAUUCACAGAGGCUAGUGAAGUCUAAUAGAGCGCUGGAUACUGCAGUCUUUCCCAUUCAUCUCGCACAUCUGCUGUGUGAACAACAACAUGAUUUCACAUUCAUAAACCGCUGAUUUUUCAUCAUUUUUUGCAUAAAUACAGUCCUUCUUUCAGUGUU